GUUGACCGCAAUAAAGGACCAAAUCCUAUGGAAACUGAUGAUUUCUACAAAAUUCGCGAGGGACCUGGUAUCGAUAAUGUCACGCUUGAUCCACUUGUAAAUAUUCACGAAAUGAUAUUUCGUCCACUUGAUAAAUUGGUAUUCAACGCACCAUUUGACUUUGACCACAUCACUUACCAUAUGACAAUUCUCAAUAACACUAUACAUCCAAUUGCUUUUGCUAUAAAAGGUAAAGUUGCUCCAUACUCUUUGCCGCAGUACAUACUCCAAAAAUUCACAAUUAAAUUAAGGGAACUGUAUUCCUCGAGUCAUUGCUUAUCCUCCAUAUGGCAUCUUGAAGAGCAAGCAAAGAAUUCCCGUCGCUAUAACUAUGCGGGUAAGACCCUUGUAUGCAAUCUCAUCGAAACAAUUCUGGUUUUUUUCAAUAUAUAA